AUGGGUGCAACUUCUUCCAAGCCGCCGGGUACCAAGGAUCUAUCAGUGAACAACACCGUGGUUCAACGACUUUUUACGCGCCUCGCGCUUCAUACCACCGCGCGAUUCUACAAAUAUGAAGGAGUCUGCGUUCCAAUCUCGAGAAAGCUGAUUCUCAAGAGGGGCGAGCAUGUCACGCUCACGGAAGCCGCGACCAUGGUUUUUGUCGCUACGCACACCAACAUACCUGUUCCCCGUGUCCACUGUGCAUUCACGCGCAAAAACGUUACUUAUAUUGUCAUGGAACGCGUCCCGGGGCAAACCUUUGCCGCGGCCUGGCCGACCCUUUCCGGCCCAGAGUCCGAGGCACUCUUCCUGCAGCUUCGCCAUCUACUCGAGCACAUGCGCGCCCUUGCGCCGCCCGGAAGCGCCAUCCAGAGCUGCGUGCGAGGCCCGCUCUUUGACUCGCGCAUUCCCCAGCGACCAACAUUUGGGCCGUUUCCAUCCACAAGAGACUUUCACGUCUGGCUGCGCGAAGGCCUCACUGCUGACAUGGAUAACCCCGGGCACGUAAGCGAUAAGGAGUGGGCGGAAAUCAUGCGCAUGGUCGCCGCGCAAGAUCAGGAGUGGGACGAACCGCCAGUGUUUACACACGGCGACUUGAGCCCUUUCAAUAUCAUGGUCCAAAACGGCAAGAUCAGUGCCAUAAUUGACUGGGAGUUUUCCGGGUGGCUCCCCCGCUACUUCUUUCACUGGGCCUUUCUCGUCUGCCCCAAGAAUGACCCAACAGGCCCCAGCCAGCUGUGCCGCGUCGAACUAACACCGCACCCAAAAGGCCCCGAUAGAGAGAAACGAUGGCGGUUCAGGCGAAGUGCGGUCACGUACAACAGUGACGAGCGCCUCCUUGCAAAGGUGUGGCUAGGCAAGAUUACCGACAUGGAAACCCUUUUACGCUGUUGGGAAAAAACCAAAGUCUCCAAGUCGGGUUUUUUCGAGUCCGAAGAAUGGGUCUGGCGCGCGUUUGUUCGGAUUUCCAAGGGGCAGGGCUGGGUGAUCCGCCCCCGGAUGCCGCCAUGGGCCACGGUCAGAGAAGCGGCGUUGGAAGCGGUGAAAUCAAACAAGAAACAAGAGACCAUAAAGAAGAUGAAGCAAGAGGCGGAAGAGAAGAAGAAGAGAAGGGCGAAAGAAAAGAAGCUGAGAAUGGCGAAAGAAAAGAGGGUGAGAAGGGCGAGAGAAAAGGCGCGGGAAAAGAGGAAGAGAACAGCGGAUAAAAAGGCGAGAGAAGUGAGGAAGGGGAGGGCAAAGAAAAAGAGAACGAGGAAGGCGACAGAAGUGCUGGUAGAAGAGCUCCCAGAAGUGCUGGAAGAAGAGCUCCCAGAAGUGCUGGAAGAAGAGCUCCCAGAAGUGCUGGUAGAAGAGCUCCCAGAAGUGAUGCCAGACAUACUGACAGUGUUAGAGGAGGCGCAAAAGGCGGAAGUGGCGGAAGAGGCGAAAAAGGCGAAAGAGGCGGAAGAGGCGAAAGAGGCGGAAGAGGCGAAAGAGGCGGAAGAGGCGAAAGAGGCGGAAGAGGCGAAAGAGACGGAAGAGCCGUCAGACGAGCCGGUGGUAGAAGAGGCGAAAUAA